AUGGUGGAGCUGUCGAGCGUCAUUUCCAAGUUCUAUAACGACUACGUGCAGAACACGCCCAAGAAACUGAAGCUGGUGGACAUCUACCUGGGCUACAUUCUGCUCACCGGCAUCAUUCAGUUUGUUUACUGCUGCCUGGUUGGAACCUUCCCGUUCAACUCCUUCCUAUCUGGUUUCAUCAGCACCGUCAGCUGCUUCGUCCUGGCAGUGUGCCUUCGCCUGCAGGCCAAUCCCCAAAACAAGAGCGUGUUUGCCGGCAUUUCGCCGGAACGCGGCUUCGCCGACUUUAUCUUCGCUCAUGUGAUCCUGCAUCUGGUGGUCAUGAACUUCAUCGGUUAACAAAGCUACAAACAUACUGAUAAACUCGGAUAUAUUUAUAAAUAAAAUCUAACUCUAA